AUGAACAGGAAAACAAGGCGUUGGAUUUUCCAUAUCUUUCUGAGCCUAGGGAUUGUAUAUAUCAAAAUUGGGGGUUUUUCCUCUGUGGUGGCUCUGGGGGCCAGCAUCAUCUGUAACAAGAUCCCGGGUUUAGCUCCUAGACAGAGGGCAAUCUGUCAGAGCAGACCCGAUGCUAUCAUAGUGAUCGGAGAAGGGUCUCAAAUGGGAAUCAACGAAUGUCAAUUUCAAUUCCGAAAUGGACGCUGGAAUUGCUCUGCCUUGGGGGAAAGGACGGUCUUUGGAAAAGAGCUGAAAGUGGGUAGCAGAGAAGCAGCAUUCACAUAUGCCAUCAUUGCCGCUGGAGUAGCACAUGCGAUCACUGCUGCCUGUACCCAGGGAAACCUAAGUGACUGUGGUUGUGAUAAAGAAAAACAGGGACAGUACCAUAAAGACGAAGGAUGGAAAUGGGGAGGCUGUUCUGCUGACAUCAGAUAUGGAAUAGGAUUCGCCAAAGUGUUUGUGGAUGCAAGGGAGAUUAAACAGAACGCAAGGACUCUCAUGAACUUGCACAACAACGAGGCGGGGCGUAAGAUUCUUGAAGAAAACAUGAAAUUAGAGUGCAAGUGCCAUGGAGUUUCAGGAUCUUGUACUACUAAGACAUGCUGGACAACCCUUCCUAAAUUCCGGGAGCUGGGCUACAUCCUUAAGGACAAAUACAAUGAAGCAGUUCAGGUUGAACCGGUGAGGGCAAGUCGCAACAAGCGUCCAACCUUCCUUAAAAUAAAGAAGCCACUAUCCUACCGCAAACCCAUGGAUACAGAUUUAGUGUACAUAGAAAAAUCUCCAAAUUACUGUGAAGAAGACCCUGUCACUGGCAGUGUGGGAACACAGGGCAGAAUGUGCAACAAAACAGCCCAGCAGACCAAUGGCUGUGAUCUGAUGUGUUGUGGUCGAGGUUACAAUACACACCAGUACUCACGAGUGUGGCAGUGCAACUGUAAAUUUCACUGGUGCUGCUAUGUAAAGUGUAAUACGUGCAGUGAAAGAACAGAAGUGUACACCUGUAAAUGA